AUGUCCCCCGAUGCAUUCAAAAUUCCCAACGGCGCUUCGACUCCAUUGAUGUGCCCUGAGACUGCUGAAGUGGCUACAGAUGUGUUCAGCGACUUGUAUAGCUUGGUGUUCGCCCCCCUGAAUGGGCCUGCUCCUGCUGCAGUCAGCUACAGCCUUCCACCAUAG